AUUUCUGCGCUACAUCCACGGUCACACUAAAAUGUAAUAUCUUGGAGCUGCGAUCAACAAAAAAAACUCCUAAAGGGAAAGCGCCACAAAUCUUUAAGCUGAUCAAACAAAACUAUAAAGGAUGCCGGAAUGGCCUACGAGCGGCGCCUCCGAUCGCAAAACCUGGUGCAUCACCUCCAGAAUCGGGAGUCUGGAUUCACUUGCUUGGGCAAACAGCCGGGCAGAAUGCCCCGGCUGGCAUACGAGCGUCCAUUCUACAAGUGCAUUACUCCCUGUUUGACCAUUGACUCGAUCUCUAUUCCGCCGGUUUACCUCAGGAAGUUUACACCGGAUGGCAGCAAACUUCUGGCCUUCUCGCAGGAUCAGCGCAGCCUGCACAUCUAUCGCUACAGGGGGUUCAGCUGCGCGGCGGUAGGCGAAUUGAUACGCCAGGCAAAUGUCGGCAGUGGUGAAUGCUUCAGCAGCCAGGACAACAUCCUAAAGAGCUCAAUUUUCGAGCGCCUGUUUGCCACCAAGGAGGCGAUGAGUCUGCGACUGUGCCAAGGCGACUACAGCCUCUUCUAUCUGCACCGGGAAUUUAGUGUGUUCCUUGAGGAGGGACGGUAUGUUCUACUGGCGGCGAUGUCCGUGCUCCGUGGAGCUCUUCCAAUCGAACUAUAUGUUCGGUAUCCAGAUAUGUUCGACAAACUGGACGCCUUCUCGUAUGUCUUUUUCGUGGUCGAUCUGAAACUGGGUGAGGUGACCGACAGACUCUUUCUGCCCCAUGAUUCCAUAGUGAUUGCUCACAAUCACGGCAUUUCGGUGUUUGGCUCCCAUGUAGCGAUCAUGUCUCGCCUUAAUCAGUGCAUUUACGUCUACUGGGUGAAGGAGGGCAAGUUUCUCGAGCAAGAAACCAUUGGUCCACGGCCCCGAAACUUUAUCGAAAUGGCUCCCAUUAAUCUAGACAACCUAGACGCAACUACCGUCCUGCCCAUUACACACAUAAAACAACGCGUCUUGAGCUUUUUGUACCGCCAAAUUGAUUCUGAAAGCCCAGGGGCCACGGAGAAACGAAAGGAGUUUUACAAAAACUUUGACUUCGUGGAACACAUGAUAAUGGAAAGGAUGCAAUUGGUGAGCAAGGAUCUGCUAUUAUUGCGGUACGAAGAACGAACAAAAGACAGCGAGGCCAUAUCAAUGACCAUAACACACCCCCGCCGCUUAUAUGUUUUUUACACGAUAUCUGGCGAGGAAGUGGUGGGCGUGUAUCCAGACUAUUCAGUCGACCUGCUCCAGAUCAUACUGCAGUUCUACGAUCAGAUGAGCAAUGUGCGAUCGCUACAAACUGGAGACGCACCCUCCCUGCCGUUGCACUUCUUCUUGAAGCAAAACUUCUCGGUUGCCAACGAGUCGAUCCCUUUCGUCCGGCACGCGGCGUUGCGCUUUAACCCCAGCGUUCCAGUCAGUUCGCAGAGCCUCUCGCCGUCGCCCUACUUGAGGUUCGACGAAUUUAGUUUCGACGAUCGGCACGUUUCGCCUUUGGAGCGACCCAGUCCCUGCUCCGCCGAGCCCAUUGUGUUCCGAGAUCGGGCCACGCAGUCGGUCAAGUUUAGAUUACAUGCGACGGCACGCAGGCAUAUCAACCCUAUGGCGCAGCGGGAACUUUGCGCCUUCAUAUGGCAUCCCUUUGAGCCCUUCGUAUUGAGCAUACAGAAAUGUAUGAGUAGCUACGCUUAUCAUGUGCAUUUGUACAAUCAUGGGACAAUUGUUGAGCAGUCAAGUGCCUAAUAAACGUAUUUGUUUGUAUAUAAAUGUAGUUUAUAUAUUGUAUAACGUAUGUGAUAUGCUUGCCUACAAAUAGUAUAAUCAUUGCCGCCUGUCUUUUGAGAAACUGAAAACUUGUUUUUAUGUGAAAGUGCAAAAUACCAUUUGUUGAAUUUUAUUUUACUGCGUUAAAAGAUUUUUAUUUCAUUAUCAAAUAAACAGCAUAUACGAAACUGAUAA